AUGUCAUCCUGUAAAACAAUAGGAAUCGACUUAGGAACUACAUAUUCCUGUGUUGCUGUAUACCAGAAUGGGAAGGUUGAAAUCAUAGCAAACGAUCAAGGAAACAAGACAACUCCAUCCUAUGUGGCUUUCACUGACUCUGAACGACUGAUAGGAGACGGAGCAAAGGACCAGGCAGCUCGUAAUCCACAAGGAACUGUUUUUGAUGCCAAGCGACUGAUCGGACGCCAAUUCAAUGACACUCAGAUCCAAGAAGAUAUCCGAAACUUCCCAUUUGCUGUCAAAAACAGAGGAGGAAAACCCAUCAUAGAGGUUGAGUACAAAGCUGAGACGCGCCAAUUCAAUCCCGAAGAAAUAUCAGCAAUGGUUUUAAUGAAAAUGAAGGAGACCGCAGAAACCUACUUGGGUCAUGACGUACGAGAUGCUGUGAUCACUGUUCCAGCCUACUUCAACGAUAGUCAAAGACAAGCUACAAAAGACGCCGCUACUAUAGCUGGAUUGAACGCAGUUCGAAUUAUUAACGAGCCCACAGCAGCAGCUUUGGCUUACGGAUUGGACAAGAACAUCAAAGGAGAUCGUAAUGUACUCAUCUUCGAUCUCGGUGGUGGAACUUUCGACGUCUCUAUCUUACAAAUAAGCGAAGGGUCUCUUUUCGAGGUUCUAUCAACUUCUGGAAACACACAUUUGGGAGGUGAGGACUUCGAUCAACGCCUUCUCAAUCACUUUGUCGCUGAGUUCAAACGCAAGCAUAGAAAAGAUCUCUCGAGUAACCCAAGAGCUCUGAGACGUCUUCGAACAGCCUGCGAACGAGCGAAAAGAACAUUGUCUAGCUCAGUCGAGAGUGUGGUGGAAGUAGAUUCUCUCCAUGAGGGUUUAGACUUCCAUUCCUCCAUCACAAGAGCUCGUUUCGAAGAACUGUGUAAUGACCUCUUCCGAUCAACACUGGAACCCGUCGAAAAGGCUCUACGCGAUGCGAAGCUCGAUAAAUCCCAAAUUCAUGAACUUGUUCUUGUUGGAGGAUCUACUCGUAUUCCCCGCGUUCAAAAGCUUCUGCGUGAUUUCUUCAAUGGAAAAGAACUUAACUACUCCAUUAACCCUGAUGAAGCAGUUGCUUAUGGAGCUGCAGUGCAAGCUGCAGUUCUUGCUGGAGUUCAGGAUCAAGCAAUCAAAGACGUUCUGCUAGUGGAUGUUGCUCCUCUCAGUCUCGGAAUAGAAACUGCUGGCGGAGUUAUGACAAACCUCAUUGACCGCAAUACCCGAAUCCCUACGAAAGCCAGCAAAACCUUCUCAACGUUCGCUGACAACCAAUCUGGAGUUUCGAUUCAAGUGUUCGAAGGAGAGAGAGCUAUGACUAAGGACAACCAUCCCCUUGGAUCAUUCGAAUUGAGCGGGAUUCCUCCAGCUCCUCGAGGAGUUCCUCAGAUUGAAGUCACAUUCCACAUUGAUGCCAAUGGAAUUCUGAACGUCAGCGCGGAAGAUAAAUCGACUGGAAAACGUAACCAGAUUACGAUCAAGAACGAAAAGGGACGAUUGAGUCAAUCUGAUAUUGAACGAAUGGUAAACGAAGCAAAAGAAUUCGAAGCCGAGGAUAGCAAAGCACGCGAAAGGAUAGCUGCCCGUAAUCAUUUGGAAUCUUAUACUUAUCAGAUCAUGCAAGCAUUAGAUGAACAUGGCAGUAAACUCGAAUCAGAAGACCGAAACAAAGCACGAGCUGCAUGUGAUGAUACGAUCAGAUGGAUGGAUUCAAAUCAAUUGGCUGAUAAAGAAGAAUUCGAAGAUAGAUUCAAGGAAUUGGAGAAAAUCUGCCAAUCGGUGAUGAGGAAAAUCCACGAACCUGCAUCUUCCCAGUCCUGUGGAAGCCAAUCGAAUAGCGGGUUUGCCCAAGGAAAUCAUCCCACCAAUGGGCCAACUGUAGAAGAAGUCGAUUAA